GACCAACAUGGUGGAAAAAAGGACGAAAAAAAAUUUGAACGAGUAAUUAUAAUUUGAAACAGCCAACAUGAGUCCGUGAUAUACAAUCAUACGGUGGCAUAUAAAACCGGAAUACAUACUGUAUGCGUAGAGAAAAUUUGGGACACUAGAAUUGCGUGAUUCAACUAGAAUUAAGAGGAUAUGUAUGAAGUGCAUACUUAUCAAUUGGCCUCCAUUGACUGUACCCAGUCAUUCACAUUGUCAAAAUAAUUUGUGUAUUUUCCAAGACAUUGAGGAACAUAUUUACAUAAGGCUUACCUCCAUCGACAGGUGCAAUAUAUAGUUGUGGCGAUAUGUAUUUGAAUCUGAUCUACCUCUUACAUAUUCCAUUUGUUCAACCCAUUUCUUGAAAAGUGAGAUUGUGAGCAUUCUUUAGUCUGUUGUCUCGCUAGAGAAGUAUUACCAUUAGCUAUGGACCACAAAAAGAGGUCAGAAUCCAAAAAGAGCCUUUCUAAGCCAGGGGGAGAUAUUCGAAAGUGUGGGUACUUGAAGAAGUUGAAGACGAUGAAAAAGAAGUUUUUUGUACUGCGUCACGAGAUUGAUGAUCAACCAGCUUGUCUAGAGUAUCACGAUACAGAGAAAAAAUUCAAAACAGGACAUGCACCGAAACGAAGAAUUGAUUUACCUUCCUGUUUAAGCAUCAAUCGUAAAUCUGAUCCCCGUCAUAAAUAUGCCAUUGCCAUAUAUACAAAAGAUGACUGCUUUUCUGUGCUGUGUGAUAGUGAGAGUGGAAUGGAGGAAUGGCUAACUGCAAUGCUAGAGAUGCAAAGUGAACAAGUUGAAGGGGCAGAGCCAUUGAAACCAUUAUUUGAGCAUGUGUGGCAGGUAUCAGUGCGUAACAAAGGCCUUGGGAGCAGUAAGAACCUGGUGGGAACCUACAGACUCUGCCUCACCAAUGAACUACUCACCCUUGUCAAACUAAACAAUGAUAAACCAGAGAUCACAUUCCAGCUGGCUAGUAUUCGAAGAUGUGGUCACACUGAUUGUUUCUUCUGUAUGGAAGUGGGUAGAUCUUCUGCCACAGGACAGGGAGAGCUGUGGAUGCAAGUAGAAGAUGCUAUCAUUGCACAGAAUAUGCAUGAAGCCAUACUCAGCUCCAUGAAGAAGAUUGAUAAAGAACAGAUGCAGAUGGCAUUGCCAAAGUUUCGUACCAGAAGUCACAGUUCUGCAACUGACAAGGGGAAACUGAACACUAGUGGCCUUUCAGUGCGCAGUGGAGGGAGCAGUCCUGUGCCUUAUCUGCCUGACCCAGCACUGGCCCCCAAGAGAUCAAAGACCAUCAGCGAGGGACAAUGUGGAAGCCCCCGACGUCAUCGCAUUACCCCAAAGUCUAGAGAGACUACUUCAGAGCUGAGACCAGUGAGCAUGUUUUCGAGAGCCCAUGGUUCUCACUCCCCCCAUAGCCCUGCGGGCAGUCCUCUUGUUAGUAUAAGAGGAUUGGAGGCAGAGCAUCGGGCCAGAUCUGACAGCAUGGACUCAAGGGGAUCUCAUGCCUCAUCAAGGGGAACUAGUAGUAGUGUUUCGGGGGAGGAGGUCGAUGGAGACAUUAUGCUGAGGUCAAUGACCCCAGAUAUAAACGAAGAUAAUGAACAGUAUUUCCAUAUGGGAUUCCACAAAUCAAGCUCAGAGAGCUCAACUACUGACACAUCAUCUAUACCUGGUUACAUGGAUAUGAGGCCCGUGUCUCAGACUAUUCCCACACCUGUACUAAAAGGUCCCGAUGACUAUAUAGACAUGUCCCCAGCCUCCACACCCAAGCCUUACAUGGAGAUGUCAAUGGGCAAAGCUGCAGCUCCAGAUGCCAAAGAAGGUUACAUGGAAAUGACUCCUUCUACAACUCCUAAAUCUGAUACUGGUGCUUAUUUCGACAUGUCUCCUGGAGUGGCGCCAACUCAGCAGAGUCCUUACUUGGAUAUGUCUGUGGGAAGUAGUGCAAGCAACACCCCCUCGAGCCUCAUACUUGGCACCUCACCAUCUAGACGAGACAUCAUUUCUGACUCAGGAGGUUAUUUUGACAUGUCCCCAAUGUCCCACUCUCUGCCAACAGUGUGUGAAAAACCAGCGGCUGUCGAAGCAGGGUACAUGGACAUGACUCCAAAGAUGGCUCACAAAGACCCUACCAUCCCUGAGGUGAGCCGUCCUGACAGAGUAACCAGUUUCCUCGUAGAUGAUGGAAGUCUCAGUGAUUUUAGACCAAAGUCAUUCUCGGUUGGUAGUCGCCCUUUGAAGAAGAUCCACCAUCAAACUGCUCCUUAUAUGGAGGCAAUAGCUCAAGAGGGAUCAUUAGAGAGAGAUAACAAGAGCUCCAGUGCUCCUCACCUUACCCCAGACCAGCAGAUGAAAUCCCAGAGUAGCUCUUCUAUCCCAGCACAUGCUUCCUCCAUGAGUGGCAUAAGUAGCAGCAGUUCUGGCCUACAGUCCCACUCAAGUAGCAUGCAGAGCCAUAGGGAUAUGUCUGAUCUCUUCAUGGAAAUGGAGUUUAACAUGCGACCAAGAACAUCCAGCGAUACAUGGUCCCAACAACACAGACCACGUACAGGAAGUGAUAGCUAUGGUCAGCGUCCACGUGCCUCGAGUUUCACUCAGAAAAAUGACCUCAGACCUCGUUCAUCGAGCUAUGGCCAGAAAAGCACUUGGACAAAACCCCAACGACGCAGGUCGAGAGAUUCCAGUAUGAGCUCGAACAUAAGCAUGGAUUCCCAAGAGUUGCAGUUCUCAUUGAAUACCUCACAUGACUCUAUGCCCCAUAUGGCCUCUUACAGCUCCUCUGAGUCUCUAGGUAAAACCUCUACCCCACGAUCAACUCACUCCGAUUAUAUUGGUAUGGGAGGCCCAACAAGUUCCCCCCGAUCUGAUUUUUUAAGUGCUACAGGGAUAGGUGUAUCGCCCCUUGCUGUAUCUGAUUACAUGUCAAUGGGUAGUAGCUCUUCCUCGUCACCACCCAAGCAUAGCAACAGCAAGCCUAAAUCUCCAGGGCCUGGUUCUGAUGUCUCUGGCUAUAUGAUAAUGUCUCCACCUGAACUACCAGAGCCUGGUGAUGUCCAUGUACCACUUGCUACUAGCAAACUCUCACAGCACACAAGACACUCAAAACACAAGCCAAAAACUGAUCCUAGGUACCCUAAGAAUUCUGGGAGGGAUAAACCGGGAUUAAAAGUUGAGACAAGUCCUCUGGUACGUGCCAGUAGUCUCCCAAGCCCCGGUGCUUAUGUUAGCUUGGAUUAUAACACCCCCAAAAUAACGACACCCAGAACUGAACAGCAUAAAGUGAAGUCCAAAUCAGAUUUGCUAGCAGCAGACAGGAAAAACACAGAGUCCUCUCCUAAAUCCCAGCCAACAUUGCCCUUGCCUAGCAGGACUCAAAAUACUGGAGCUGAGUCUUAUGUCAUUUACUCACCAGGAAGUACUCAACCCAAGUCUACCAGUCCCCACCAAGCCAUAGGCAAACCUCCUGGACACGAUUAUGUCAAUAUCAGUUUAUCAAAGAAGGCAGAGACAAUAGAGAAAAGUGGGAACUCUCAAGUCGACACAAGUGAAGUCCAGAAACGUGUUACAAAGAGGAAACCAGUUCCCAGUGUUCGGAAAAGUGUAAAGUCAAAAAGUAAGAUUGCAGUUGAUGACAAGACACAAGCAGAGGAUUCCGGUGUUAAAGCAACUGACAAUAGCAAAAACACCACUGGGGCACCUAGUAGGGCUCUUGAUGCUUACGCGGACAUGUCACAUGUUAAUGUAAAGAAAGACUUCAUGCAGACAAAUGUACCACAAUAUGAACUUAAGGCUGUAGAACCCACCAAUAGUUUAGAAAAGAAGACAUGUAAGGAUUCUCAUAACUCAUCUAAGAAAACAAUCGAUGAUGCUUAUUCAGAAAUGGGUCCUUUUACCAAAUCACCCAGUAGUGUAAUAAAGGACUCGAGUACAGAUGCUUAUUCUGUGAUGGCCCCAUUUUCAUUACAAACAAAAACUCCCAAAGUUUUGGUCAGUGCUUCAAAAGACACAAAUGUUGAUGCUUAUUCUGAGAUGGCCCCCUUAUCACUACAAACCAAAACACCCAAUGUGUUUGUAAGUGCUUCAAAAGACACAAAUGUUGAUGCUUAUUCAGAAAUGGGUCCUUUUACAUCACAAACUAAAACAGCCAAAUCACCCAGUAGUGUAAUAAAGGACUCGAGUACAGAUGCUUAUUCUGUGAUGGCCCCAUUUUCAUUACAAACAAAAGCUCCCAAAGUUUUGGUAAGUGCUUCAAAAGACACAAAUGUCGAUGCUUAUUCUGAGAUGGCCCCCUUGUCACUACAAACCAAAACUCCCAAUGUGUCAAGUAGUGUAUCAAAGGACACUAGUUUUGAUGCCUAUUCUGAGAUGACCCCUAUUUCAGUACAAACUAAAACUAAUAUAAAAUCUCCCAGUAGUGUAACAAAAGACAUAUAUUAUGAUGCUUAUUCUGAGAUGCCCUCUUCAAAAGUAUCUACCACAAAGGACAAUAGUUCUGAUGAAUAUUCUGAGAUGGCCCCCAUGUCACUACAAACAAAAUCUUCGAAAGUGUCAGGUAGUGCCUCGAAGGAAUCAAGUUCUGAUGCAUAUUCUGAAAUGACCCCUGUAUCAUUACAAGCACAAAGUAAUUUAAAGAAGGACUCCAGUAGUGACAUAUAUUCUGAAAUGGCUCCCUUAAGUAAGUCCGUCAACAAGGAAGCUCCUCCGAUGAGACAAGACAUGAGUCCAGGGUUAUCUUCGAAGAUACCUCACCAAAGUUCCCAAGAGGAUUCAUAUACCGAAAUGGCUCCUAUAAACAAGAAAGGAUCUGUGAAAAUUGGAAAAACUGAUGUUAAAAUCUCAAUGGUAAAGAAGGGUGCAAUGAGCAGUCCUAAAAGUAGUAGUGCUUUACAGAAAGGAACCCCAAAAGCAACCAGCCUAAGUCCAAGUCCUAAGCCAGAUCGUGCUACAAGCCCCCUAACACAAAGGCUUAAAGCAGAAGGAGCAAGUUCCAAGAGCCCUACUACAUCCAAGGCCAUUGAACUAUCUGCCAAAAAGGCUGGUCUACAGCCCAAUUUGCAAAUGACCCCACUAUCUAUAGACUUAGGUACCGAUAUCGAUGCUGACUUGUCUCCACGUUCAGAUGCCAGUCCCAGACAAGCUACAAUAAGUCUACCUCGAGUUAGAAGUGGAGGUUCCUUAGGCGAUGCUAUCCCUAAGCGGGGUAGCUCUUCAAGCCUUUCAAGUAUUGGAUCUGGGGACAGAACCAGGCAUUUUUCAGGCGGGGCAAUAUCUAAACAAAGCAGCCUCUCUAGUACAAGUGAAGAUUCUCCAGGAAUCCGAAGCCCAAAGGUCUCCAGUCUUAGUCCUUCUAUAAUGUUUCAAGCCAAGUCUCCAAGGUCCUCACUUGGGGAGAAGGAAUUGAAUUAUGCGGCCCUGGACCUAUCUGAUUCUCUACCCCCCAAGUCACCCCUCUCAUUGAAGAGUAGAAACUCAUCUAAUAACAGUGAAGACAAUGAACCACUGUCAUAUGCCAAAAUAGACUUUGAAAAGUCUGGUAAGCCAGACACUUCACGAUUUGAAUUUGAGCUGUUAUAA